AUGGUCGGUUUCAACCGCCGCUUUGACCCGCAUUUUGCCGCUUUGAAAAAGACGCUCGACGACGGCGGUAUCGGCCAGGUCGAGCAGGUUCAGAUUACCUCGCGCGAUCCCAGCCCGCCGCCGCCCGAGUAUGUCGCGGUUUCUGGCGGUAUAUUCCGCGAUAUGAUGAUCCACGAUUUUGACAUGGCGCGUUUUUUAUUGAAUGAAGAAGUCGUGUCUGUAUGGGCCACGGGCUCGGUGCUGGUCGACAAGGCGAUUGGCGCUGCUGGCGAUGUCGAUACCGCGAUGGCGGUUCUAGCCACGGCAUCGGGUAAGCAAUGCGUCAUUACCAAUUCGCGUCGUGCUAGCUAUGGCUACGAUCAGCGCGUAGAAAUCCAUGGCAGCGAAGGCAUGGUGAGCGCAGAUAACCCGAGAUUGAAUUCGGUUGAA